AUGACUUCCACUACCAACGAGUUCCGAGCCCUCAACGAGGGCAUCCAGGCAGGGCUUAUUCAAAAGCUCGAAGUCCACGUCGCGGCGAGCGCAAGCACAGGCACGACUGUCGUUCCGGGCUCUAUGCUUCGCCGCAACCCCGACUUUGUUGACCGCGGGGAUACACUGGGCAGAAUCGAGGAUAUAUGUUCCAAGCCGGCUGCUCGCGUGGCCCUCGUGGGUCUCGGCGGUAUCGGAAAAUCGCACAUUGCUAUCGAAUAUGCGCAUCGUCUUGCACUCGAUGACAUAACGCGAUGGAUCUUCUGGGUCCAUGCCGCCACACAGGCGCGCGUAAUCGAAGAUUUUAAUGCGAUUGCAAACGUUGUCAGAUUACCAGGACGGGAGGACCUCACAGUAAACGUACUACAGCUUGUCCUCAAUUGGCUUUCUGAUGAGCGAAAUGGAAGAUGGACCUUGAUCCUUGACAGUGCCGACGAUAGAGAUGUGUUUUUCAGCUCGGACAAGGGAACAAAGGAGGGAAAACAGCUUCACACCUACAUACCCCAGAGCCGCAACGGCAACAUCAUCAUCACGACCCGGGACAAGGACUUGGCCAGACGUAUGACCGGCAGACAUCAAAACGUCCUCGACAUAAACCCGAUGACAGAAGUAGAGGCUUGUUCGCUCCUGAGAAACGAAACGAGUUACCUCUCAGAGAGGGACGCGGAUGCGGAAUUGGAGCUGGUGAAUGCUCUUGACCUUGUUCCACUCGCAAUAAGCCAAGCAGGCGCAUUUAUACAAGAACGAAUGCCCAGAAUGUCAAUCGAAAAGUAUCUGCGUGACUUUCGAGAAAGCGAACCCAAGAGGGUCAAGUUGUUGCAGUUUGACCAGGGUGAUCUUCAGAGGGACGGAAGCGCGUCGAAUGCCAUCCUUACAACCUGGCUGACGUCUUUCGAACAUAUUAAAACAAAACGGCCUUCCGCAGCAGAUCUGCUCUCGCUUAUGUGCUUUUUUGAUCGGCAAGGGAUCCCAGAGUCUGUCCUCAGGAUACAAAAGGCGAGAAAGGAGGAAGACCAAGCAGGACAGACAGGAGAACAGAGCGGCCCAGGACCUCGCGGAGGCCUGGAUGACACCUUCGAGGACGAUAUCCAUAUGCUGAGAAACUUCAGCCUUGUGACCACUGACAGCAGCGGACAUGCAUUUGAAAUGCAUAGACUUGUGCAAUUAUCGACCAAGAGGUGGCUGAGCACACACAAAGAAGACGAGAAGUUCAAACAACAGUUUGUAUCAAGGAUGGCGGCGGUGUUCCCAGACCCAGAGUACGAGAAAUGGGAAACAUGCCGAGUGUUGUUUCCGCAUGCUAUUCUGGCACUUGAAUACGAGCCGGCUAAAGGCGAUGUGCAAGAGAUGUGGGAACUGCUAUUGCGAAAUUGCGGAGAAUACGCCACAGAUCAAGGCAGAUUCCUCGUGGCAGAACAAAUGCUUCGCGAAGCUCAAAGGACUUCAGAGGCUCGACGAGGAAAUGAUGACCCUGCAACCACGCAUAUUACUCGUUUGCGAGCUGUCAACAUCUUUGAAAUGGGAGAUUGGGCAGAAGCAGAAACGCUACUGGUGCAGGUCUUAAAGACUGAGAAGGCUGUGCUUGGGACCGACCACCCUGACACACUGGCUAGCAUGAACAGCCUAGCAUUAACGUAUUACAGGCAAGGUCGGUUAGCAGAGGCGGAAGAGCUGCAUGUGCAGGCCUUAGAGAAGACAAAGGCCGUGCUUGGGACCGACCACCCUGACACGCUAAAGAUCAUGAACAACCUAGCAUUGACUUAUCUUCAGCAAGGUCAGUGGGUAGAGGCGGAAGAGCUACAGGAGCAGGUCUUAGAGAAGAGGAAGGCCGUGCUUGGGACCGACCACCCUGACACGCUAAAGAUCAUGAACAACCUAGCAUUGACUUAUUAUCAGCAAGGUCGGUGGGUAGAGGCGGAAGAGCUACAGGAGCAGGUCUUAAAGAAGAGGAAUGCUGUGCUUGGGGCCGACCACCCUGACACGCUAAGUAGCAUGAACAACCUCGCUACUACAUGGGGAAAACAAGGGCGGCGCGCGGAUGCGGUUGGAUUGCGAAAGAGCUGUGUUGAGUCGGCGCGACGCGUCCUUGGAGCCGAUCAUCGACGGACAAAACGCUAUGAACGAUAUUUAGAAGCUAUUGGCCUUGAUGCGGACGACUAG